AUGCAGCUCCUACCUCAAAUCUCCUACGACCAUUACAACUUCAAAACCUACAACAACAACCACAAGUGCAGCUCCAUCUACAACAACUGUAGCUCCUACGACCAUUACAACUUCAAAACCUACAACGACAAUCACAAGUGCAGCUCCAUCUACAAAAACUGUAGCUCCUACGACCAUUACAACUUCAAAACCCACAAUGACAAUCACAAACGCAGCUUAUACUGCAACUACAACACCUAUAGCUCCUACAGCGCCAAUCCCAACUGCAGGACCUACUACCAUAGUAAGUCCUACGAGAACCACAAAUGUAGCUCCUACAGCAACCACAAAAGCAGCUACUCCAACCACUGUAGCUCCUACAACAUCAAUCAAAACUGCAGGACCUACUACCAUUGUAAGCACUACGACAAACACAAAUGUAGCUCCUACAGCAACCACAACAGCAGCUACUACUACGACAACCUCAGCUCCUACAACUCCAACUGUAGCUUCUUCCACAAGAAGAAGUUCAACCCCUACUGCAACGACAACAGAAGCUUCUUCUACAACAACUGUAGAAACUACGACCAUCACAACAAUAUCCCCUACGACAACUGCAGUUCCUACAACUACCGUAGCUCCUACAGCCACUACAACUGCAGCAGCUCCAACAACAUCUGUAGCUGCUUCCUCAACCACUACAGCAGCCCCUACUGCCUUACUGCAACCACAUCUGAAGCUUCUUCUACAACAACUAUAGCACCUACGACAACAUCCCCUUCGACAACUGUAGCUCCAACAACGCCAAUCACAACCGAAGGUCCUACUACCAUUUUAACUCCUACGACAACCACAACUGGAGCACCUACAGCAACCACAACAACAACUGUAGAACCUAUGACAACCACAACAACAUCCUUUUCGACAACUGCAGCUCCAUCAACGCCAAUCAAAACCUCAGGUCCUACUACCAUUUUAACUCCUCCGACAACCACAACAACAUCCCCUACGACAACUGCAGCUCCUACUACAACUACAGUAGCUCCUACGGCCACUACAACUGCAGCAGCUCCAACAACAACUGUAGCUGCUACCUCAACCACUACAGCAGCCCCAACUGCAACUAGAAAUGAAGAUCCUUCUACAAUAACCACAACAACUGUAGCUGCUUCCACAACCACUACUGCAUUACCUACUGCAACCACGACUGCAGCUUCUUCCACAACCACUACUGCAGCCCUUACUGCAACCACAGCUGAAGCUUCUUCUACAACAACUGCUGCAGCCCCUACUGCAACUAGAACUGAAGUUCCUUCUACAAUAACCACAACAACAUCCCCUACGACAACUGCAGCUCCUACUACAACCACCGGAGCUCCUACGGCCACUACAACAGCAGCAGCUCUUACAACAACAACUGAAGCUGCUUCCACAAGCACUACUGCAGGCCUUACUGCAACCACAUCUGAAGCUUCUUCUACAACAACUAUAGCACCUACGACAACAUCCCCUUCGACAACUGUAGCUCCAACAACGCCAAUCACAACCGAAGGUCCUACUACCAUUUUAACUCCCACGACAACCACAACUGGAGCACCUACACUCCAACAACUGUAG